CCAAUGACCUUACAAUCAGUAGUCGAACAUCUUAACCACUGAGCUACCACAUGUACAGUCUUUAUUUAUGUUAGUUUUUACAGAAAUCUCACUUGUGACGUUUUCUGUCGUCUUUCUCACAGAUGCGAGUUUUCUGUCUUUAUAUGGACAAUCAGCCUGUGUGUUAAAAAGCCUUCUCCUUAAAAUCUUCUUAUGAUUGUGGGUUUAAUAGCAUUAAUUUUUAAUGGGAUUGGUGUGAUAUAGACGAAUUUUACGCUCAUGGUCAGAGGUGGGAGUAAGUCACACAUGUGCAAGUCACAAGUAAGUCUCAAGUCAUGAAUGUCAAGUCAAAGUCAAGUCGAGUCUUUUUUAAUAUUUGUCAAGCAAGUUCGCUCAAAUUUGCGACUUAAGUCUGACUCGACUCAAGUCAUAUGACUGGAGUCCCCGAUUUCUGCUCCUGGUGUUUCCCUGCACUUCUUCAGAAGAACCUAUUACCAUGCACAUGAGACAGGUUCCUGGUUAUGAUUCUGAUCUGAAACAAGACAUGCAUCUUCUCUCAGCCAGAUCUCUUCCAUUCCCUGGCGCGUCCUUGUGUGCGCCAUGUUCCCAAGUGCGCACCAUUUUAAAACCUGGAAAAACCAUAUUGGGCUGACAAUAACGAUCUGACAUUAACUCCACAUGUCACAGGCAAUCCAGAAUCUCUCAAAAGUGUAUUAAUGAGUUCGCCGCUUGGUAUAACAUGUAGAUAGUACAUAAAAUACCACUUUAUUGCUUUGGGGAGUUGUGUUGGUCUAAUUAGAAUAACACUCAGUGAUUUGCUGGUCUUAUUUGUAUGCGCGAUCCUGCAUUGUUCUAAUACUAACGUGCGUUUAUGAGAGAGAACAGCCAAUCAGCAUGUAGCGUUGAAGCAGGAUGUGACGUGGGCACAGACAACACCGUCGUUCGGUGUUCCUGAAAACGGAAAAUCAUCACGAUGUCUCGUCGGUGACGUGCCGGCCAUGCUUGUUUGUUCUUGUUUAUCAUAAAGAGGUCAAUCCGUAAAUAAACCUUAAUGUAAAAUGGAGGAAGCGGAUUUGUUUAUGGAGUGUGAGGAGGAGGAGCUGGAGCCAUGGCAACAGAUGAAUCGGGAUGAACUUUUUGAUUCACCUGAUACUGAUGAAAGUAUGCCCGUGGGAGCUGUAACUCCACCUGUGUCCAAACCAGUUGUGUUUUCCAGCAUUUCAUCUGUCAGCACUAAUAUGAAUACUGUCCCAUUGUUCACCAAUCCAUCUUUACCUGCAGGCAUCUCUAAAGGUACACCAGGGCAGCAGUUGUUUCUGACCCAAGGUGCUAGAGGAUUGACACCUGUGGCUUUGUCCCAGGUGAUACUGCCUUGCACUUCUCCUGGUGUCAGUGCUGGUAGCAGCCAGCCCAUCUACCUGACCACACAGGGUAUCCCUGUCCAGAAUAUCCAGUCUGGCCAAAGCCCACUGAGCAUUGUAUUAAAUGUCCAGCAAGGCCAAACAGUUCGCCCCAUUACUCUGGUCCAAGCACCUGGUACACCCGGACUUUUUAAAUCAGCAAUGGGAACAACUCAAAUUAUUACUCCACAAUCUCAAAUAAGGUCAAUAGCUCCGGUAGUGAACCGUGGACAGAUGCCAGGCUCCUUCACUACCAUGCAGAUUCCUGCCACCCUCACUAUCCAAAACACUGUUCCAGCCAACCAGCCCAGAGCAAUGUCUGUCCCAAGCUCCCAGCUUUCCACAGAACUAAAACCGCUACCCAUUAACACUCAGACUAAAAUUGUGGCUGUUAGACCAGGAGGCAGCAACUUAGACAUGCAGAAUCUGAUGAACAUUGUGAACACAGUCAACAUUGCUCCUGGGACUCAGCCUCAGACCAUUGUUGUCAUGAGCAAUCAGAAGGCUAAUGGUUCUAGCUCUGCUGCUAUCCAGACAGCUCUUCCUGUAGCUCAGAGCAACAUUGUGGAAGGUACUUCUGUGUCAUCUUUAUCCUUCACUUGUCCACGAUGUGGAGCCCAGUUCAAAAUGUUGGAGGCACUCCGGGGACAUAUGUGUUUCUGCUGUCCAGACAUGACUCACAAAAGUGUAAAGAGAGAAUCACCCAAGCGUGUAGAACAAAAGCAGAGUGGCCCCCUCAUGAAAAUAAAGACUGAAGGCAUCAUGAAUCCAGGAGAACAUCAGUCCAGGAUUGUUAUGUUGGUGGAUGACUUCUAUUAUGGAACCUAUGAGGGCAAUCGGGAAUAUGUGCCCACAGACAACGUAAAAGAAACUUUAUCAUUCAGAUGCUUCACCUGUGGCAAGAAGCAGAAGAACAAUAUCAGGCUCAUGAACCACAUGAAGUUACAUGUAGACAUGGAACAGCAGAAUGGAGAACACACAUCUUGCCCGCACUGUUAUCGCCAGUUUCCAACCCCGUUUCGCCUUCAGUGUCACGUGGAGAGCGUCCAUUGCAAUUUAGAAUCAACUACCAGGUGUAAAAUCUGUGAGUGGUCUUUUGAGAGUGAGCCUGUUUUCCUGCAGCACAUGAAGAAUACUCAUAAACCCGGAGAAAUGCCAUACGUCUGUCAGCUCUGCCAGUAUAGAUCUUCAUUCUACUCUGAUGUGCACAGUCACUUUUGCACGUGGCACGAGGACACCCGCUACCUGCUGUGCAUUUACUGUCUGAAGGUCUUUAAGAACUCUGGUACAUAUCAGCAGCACUUUGCCCGCCAUCAGAAAACUUCCGUUUACCAUUGUAACAAAUGCAGACUUCAGUUUCUCUUCACAAAAGAGAAAGUUGAUCAUAAAGUCAAUCACCACAAGACCUUUCGUAAGCCAACUACACUGGAAGGGCUCCAGGCUGGGACUAAAGUGACCAUUAGAGCAUGUCCAGUUCACAAAAAAACUACAGGUCUAACAGGUCAUAAAACAAUUAAAGACACAGAGAGGCGCAUCAGCACCACUCAGCCUAAUCAAACUGCUACUGAGCAGAAGCCAAUGGUAGCACAAAGCAGUGGACAUGCUAAAAAGCAGAUCACCAAAAUGUAUGGAUUCCUUACAAAGUUCCAGGAGUACAGAGCAUUGUUAGGGAGACAAAGGUGUGUGGAGUGCACUUUUGAUAUCCCAGAUUUUGCCAAUCACUAUCCCACAUAUGUCCACUGUUCCUUGUGCACAUACAGCACAUGCUGUUCCCGUGCAUAUGCAAACCACAUGAUCAACAAUCAUGUUUCAAGCAGAACUCCUAAAGCCCGUUCUAAAAAGGGAUCUUUGAGUUGGUUAAAGCUAACAUGUGUUUGGUGUAACUACAAGACUUCUCAGGGAGACCUGAUGGCUAAACACUUGGCCCAGUUCCCAAAUCACUCUCGCUGUGUUUUCAGUCUAAAAGAGUGUCUGGAGACUGAUAUUGAAUUCUGCCAGGUGGAGGAGGAGGAGGAGGAGGAGAAAGUGGAAGGAGCUAAUGAUGUUGAGGCAAAGCCUGACUGGUUGUCCAUGGAGAACUGGAGCGUUCCAAGUGAUGGAGGAUCUGUGCCAGAGUUUACAGACAGCAGUGGGCCACAGCAUUCAAUGUCUAAAAGCAGUGAUGUCCUUGAGUAUUUUCAGCUGUUAUUCCCCGACAUUCUCAUGGAGCAGAUUGCUAAGGAGACCAAUGCUUAUGCUGAGUAUCAGCGUUAUGUAGGCAGAGGAGAUCCCACUUGGCAGUCUCUUACUAGUGAAGAGGUCAAAGGCUUCAUAGGCCUGUCUAUUCUGAUGGGACUGCAGGUCCUUCCAGAGCCAGAUAUGUAUUGGUCUUGGGAGCAUUAUCAUGGCUGUUCCACAUUUUACAGGACCAUGUCUGCAGCACGCUUCAAGCAGGUCAGCCUGCAUAUUCGGAUGAACAGCAUGCUUGAAAAAGAGGACCACCACAAUGGAGACAAGCUGUCUUUCUUCCAGCCCAUGUUGAAAACCCUGGAGACUAGCAUGCGCAAAGCUUACAAGCCAAACAAAUGUUUGACUAUUGAUCGAACUUUACUGAGAUCUCAUGAAAAUGCAGCUGAUAGGGAGAAGUGUAGAAACUCUCAACCACAAAUAUGGCUCUUAUGUGAUUCAAAGUCAGGGUACUGUCACAAGAUGUUAAUUUUGACAAAACAGAAAAAGAACAAAGACUUGGGGAGUUUGGUUGUGCCAUAUCUUGUAAAGGGCCUUGAAAGUAGACAUCAUCAGAUAUUCAUGUCAAGCCUGCUAGCAAGUAUUCCCCUAAUGAAGGAGUUGCACAAAAAGAACAUAUACUGCUCCAGCUCCAGCUCCACAUGCAGCACAGUCCUUCCAAGAGAAUUCUGGGAUCAGCCUGCAUUGAAGAACACUGGGGAUUAUGUUCAAUUUGAGCACCCACCUGUACUGGUUACCAGAUGGAAAGAUGCAAAAGAGAUGGUCUGCAUUUCUACAAAUGCUGUCGCUGGCCAGCCAGACAAAGUUUGGAGGAGGUCCACCAGUAAGGCAGGGGAACUCGCCACCAUUUCAAGACCACUGGUGUUUAAGUUGCUACAAGAUAACAUGCGUGGUGUGGACAUCUGCAGUCAGCUCCUGGCCUGCAACCAGCUAGGAGGAUUGGUCCUGGACACAAACUGGCGUCGUCUUUUCUGGUUCUUUGUCAACUUGAGUAUCAUUAACUCCUUUAUUGUACUUCGAGAGACUCGGAAAGGCAACCCACCCACAUGGCUUCAGGGAGGCCACUUCUCUCAGGCUAACUACCGAAAACGCUUGGGAUACCAGCUGGCCAAGUGUGCUGAAAGACAAGCUCUUCAGAAGGAAAUGAACAGUGACCAGUUGCAUCAGCAGAGACAUGAGGGUAACCCUGAAAUUGGGAGUGUGGAGCCUAUGAGGCAACAUACUUCAGCUAUGCAGGACACCAUUACUCCUACAAACUUUUCCGAUAGCUUGGCACUGGAGGAUACCUCUGGGAUAAAUGAAGAUGUUGAUCAAGAAUUGGCCCCUCUGGGGUCAUCAGAUUCAGAAAUGGAGACCGAUGACAGUAGUCAGCAAGAGCCUGUUGAGAUCAGAGAUGAGCACAAAGGCAAGGAGUCUGCAGCCAAGCCGAAUUCUCCGAUUUCUAUCAAAGAAACCGAGGACAUGCUGUCUCCGCAUCAGCUCAGAAUUAUACUGUUUGCAUUGUGCUCUGGAAUACAGAAAGCAGCCAAGGAUAUGAGCACAGAACCUCAGCUCAUUAGGACUUGGCUUCAAGAAAAAGAGAAAAGACUAGACUGUGAGAGUCAAGACAGUAACAGUGGAGAGGCUGUGGAGCAUUUGGUGGAGUGGGUUCUAGUCCAGCGGGAGCAGCAGAAUCCCAUCAGAGAGGAGAUUUUUUUUCAGAAAGCUUCUGAGAUACACAAUCAGAUUAAUCAAAACAGCUCCUUCUGUAUUUCAUAUGACUGGGCAGUGACCUUUAUGCUACAACAUAAGCUGGGCCUGCACAAUAAUGAAAUGCCUUGUCAUCAGCUACCAAGCAGAAUGGAGGAAAAUUGCAGAGAUUUCACAGAGUUUGUUCAUAGACAGAUUAAAACACACAAUGUUCCUCUUUCAGCUGUUGGUGCUAUGGAUGAGCUUUCAAUUUUUGUUGACUUUGACCAAAUUGUCAAUAGUUCAGGCUCUUCCAAAGACUCAGCAUUCCAAUUAGAGGGCACUGGGAAACCAUGGAUGAACAUUUACCUGUCAGUUCUUGCAGAUGGUACAUUGUUGCCGACAAUGCUGUUUAUUAAAGGCACAUCUUUAGAUAGUUAUAGCAAAGAGCUGUCAGACUUAGUUCAAAUUAAAGCGAGAGUUGAAGGUUUCUCAGAAAAAGAAGAACUAGAGAUCUGGUCUGCUAAUGUAUGGCAGCGGUAUUUAAACUCUCACAAUGAGAAUAAGGCUAUGCUAGUUAUUGAUGGCCAUCAUAGCCACAUGACAGAAGGCUUCCUAUCCACCUUAAAUGGAACCCAGACCUUACCUAUGGUUAUUCCAUCUGGGUGCAGCAGCCAUCGGCAGCCUCUGGAAAUGUGUGUGCGCCCUGUGCUGAAAAAGUUCUUGCUAUGUCGUUGGUCUCAUUUAGUCAUCCAAAACAGAACAGGGGAGAUGAAGCCUGAAGGCCUGGUUCACCUUCUUGUGUCGUGGUUAGAGGAGGCCUUGGCUUGUUGUGCUGGUAGACCUCAAGUGAUUCAGCACUCAUUCUGCCACUCCAGACUGAUCACAAACCAAGAAGAAUGUAAUAUGGACACUGAUGCUCAGUUGAAACUUGUUAAUACGUUGACAGAAGCCAUGCUUGGGCCUGAAGCGAUAAAUUCUGUCUCAAAGGAAGAGGCCAUAGAGAAACAUGUUGAAGGCAUCCUGGAGAAAAGAGAAAAAGUAAUAAAUGGAAAUAAAAGUGUUGUUGAACAGGCUGAACGAGAAAUACUUGGAGAAACUGAGAAGGAAGGCAGAACAGGGAGUGAGAGAAUGGAGACAAAACAACAAGCACUGGCAACAAUGAAUGAAGGAUUAGAGGUGUCAAGUGAGACUUCAAAGUGUUCUCCCCUUCUUCCUGAUAACUCCUCACAGUCACAAGCUGUACACCAUGUUGAUGAGAGAGAGGAGCUUUUAGAACCCUGUCAGGACCUUGUUACAACACAGACAGAUGUUGGAUCCAGUUGUUGAGUUGCUGCAGAAAUUUGAAAGAAAGGGUGAAUAAACACAGUAUAUAUUUGUGUCUAGUCAUGACAAAUAAUUUGUUAUCCUGAGGAGAAAUUGUUUUAAAAUCCUCAAACCUUGUUUUAUUGCAAAAUAUUAAAGUGGAUGAGAGAUUGAUGACCUUUUUUAAACCGUUUGUACUUUCUCCCAGAUUGUAACUAUUUUUCAUUUAUGCCUAUGGAUGUGGAUCUCUUGUACAUAAAUGUUUUGUUUCCUCCAUCCAAUUAAACGUGGGUGUCUUCACCCUUAUGUCUCA